UGGCAUGAUGGUUCUAUAUGUGCAAGUAAUGGAUCAAAAUGACAACAGUCCAGAGUUCAAUAACCUCCCAUAUCUGGCUACUGUUCCAGAAAAUAUUAGUGUGGGUGCUAGUGUCUUCCAAGUAAAUGCAUAUGAUAUUGAUGGUGCUGAUUUCCAACCAAUCAGAUUGAGUAUAAUUGAAGGCAAUUAUGGUGCUGUAUUUAGGAUUGAUGAGACUGGGACUGUGUUUGUUAAUAACAGCCUGGAUAGGGAGACAACGAGUUUAUAUGAACUAGUAAUAGCAGCUACAGAUAAUGUUCAAGAUCCUGAUAACAGUCGAACAUCAACUACAACCUUAACCAUUACUGUGUUAGACGUCAAUGAACUACCAAUUGAGUUUACAAAAUCACUUUACUUUGGACGAGUACAAGAAGGCCAGCCUACCGGAACAUUAAUUCAAAUGGAGACAGGUAUUUCUGCUGUAGAUGGAGAUACAGGUUUAGGAACUGAGAUCACCUAUACCCUACAGGGUCGAGGGUCAACACUUUUUAGCAUAGAUCCCAUGACAGGUGUGAUGACAACUGCAUCGGUGUUGGAUUACGAGCAGAUGGCGUCUUUUUAUUUCAACGUGAAAGCAGAGCAGAGUGGAGGAGAUUUUGCAUAUGCUACCAUUAAUAUUACCGUGGAGAACAUCAAUGAUGAGGUUCCAGUAUUCACAUCUGAUGUUGUUAAUGUAUCUGUUGCUGAGAAUUCUAUGCCAG